GCCGUUGGAUAAAUGAAUGAUAUGCAGUCCGAGUAGUAAGAGCAGCAGGCAGGCCGCGUGUACACACUGUGUUUACAGGCUAAUUCAAGCUACUGCGGUAAUAUUUUACUGGACGUGGAACUACAUAAAGUGGACCAUUUAUAGAGGAAAAAAGGGCACAGAAGUUGUUCCCACAGAGAUGCAGUUGACCGUGUGUGAACCCACCACUGAAGCUGUGGUAAUCAUGGAUCCUCCCAGAGCCGACGGCUUCCUGGAGUCGUCCUGCGCUGCCUCUCUGGACGGAAAUGUGGAUACAGCCAAUGAUUCUUCAGAGGAAGAGGAUAUUGCUGCCCAUAAUGAAGCUGCCAGCAGUACUAAGAUGACAGAGGUCUCUGCUGAACAGGCCUCAAACACACAAACAGUGAACACCCAGCGCCCAAACUCCCUGUCGGUUCCGGCAGCAGCAGACCCCGGCCUUUGGACAUCACAGGGUGAUGCAGAGGUGAAACUGAGGAUGGGUGACUCUGGAGUUGCUGCUGAAACUCCACUAACUAUCCACCAGAUGUUCACCUCAGCUGUGCAGCGCUUUGGCGACGUCACAGCUCUGGGCUGGAAGGAAGGCGAGCAGCAGAAGAGCCUUAACUACAGAGAUUACUACCAGAAUUGCCGCAUUGCCGCUAAGAGCUUCCUUAAGCUUGGUUUGGAGCGCUACCAUGGCGUUGGCAUCCUGGGCUUCAACUCGCCUGAGUGGUUCAUGGCUGAUAUUGGAGCCAUUUUUGCAGGUGGAUUUGCUGUAGGCAUCUAUACCACCAACUCUCCUGAGGCCUGCCAGUAUGUAGCAGAAAACUGCAAGGCCAACAUUAUUGUGGUGGAGAACCACAAACAGCUGCAGAAAAUCCUACAGGUUGAAGACAAGCUUCCACACUUGAAAGCCAUUAUCCAGUACAAAGAUGCACUUAAAGAGAAGAGACCAAAUCUGUACUCGUGGGCAGAGUUUAUGGAGCUGGGGCGUCAUGAGCCCGACGCUCCCCUUGACGCGAUCAUCUCCAGCCAGAAACCAAACCAAUGCUGCACUCUAAUCUACACCUCAGGAACCACGGGCCAGCCCAAAGGAGUCAUGCUGUGCCAUGACAAUCUGACAUGGACUGCACUCGCCAUCAGCAUUCACGUGAAACUGACAGAGGCCCCUGAGGCUCAGGAGGUGGUGGUGAGCUACCUGCCGCUGAGCCACAUCGCUGCUCAGAUGGUGGACAUCUGGUCGACCAUGAAGGUCGGAGGGGCGACCUACUUCGCUCAGCCAGAUGCCCUCAAGGGCUCUUUGGUAAACACCUUGAAGGAGGUGCAUCCUACUGUCUUCAUGGGCGUCCCUCGUGUCUGGGAAAAGAUGCAAGAGAAGAUGAAAUCUGUGGGAGCUAAGUCUUCGACUGUGCGCAGGAAAGUGGCUGCGUGGGCCAAAGAUGUCGGACUGCAGACUAAUCUCACCAAGAUGAACCAAAAUGGAGCCGUCAGCCAGACUCCUCUUACCUAUCGUGUCGCCAAAAAGCUCGUAUUCAAAAAGGUGCGUAAGGCUCUGGGCUUGGAACGCUGCAAAAAGUGCUACACAGGCGCCGCACCCAUCACCAAAGACACCCUGGAGUUCUUCCUCAGUCUGGAUAUUCCACUGUAUGAGCUGUAUGGCAUGAGUGAGACCACUGGACCUCACACCAUCUCCCUCCCUGAUGCCUACAGACUCACUAGCUGUGGCGUUGAGCUCCCAGGGUGCAAGACAAAGCUGCACAACCCAGAUGAAGAGGGAAACGGUGAGAUCUGCUUCUGGGGACGCCACGUCUUCAUGGGUUACCUCAACAUGCCCGAGAAGACAGAGGAGGCUCUGGAUGCCGAAGGCUGGCUGCACUCGGGUGACCUGGGCAAACAGGACGAGAAUAAGUUCCUUUACAUCACUGGAAGAAUUAAAGAGUUGAUCAUCACAGCGGGGGGAGAGAACAUCCCGCCUGUUCCCAUCGAGGAUGCGGUCAAAGAAGCUGUGCCACUGAUUAGCAACGCCAUGCUGAUUGGAGACAAGAGGAAGUUUCUGUCUAUGCUGCUCACCGUUAAGUGCCAGGUCAAUGCUGUCACAGGCGAGCCAGAGGAUGAGCUGUCUCCAGAGGCUGUGGAGUUCUGCAGGCGGUUAGGCAGCAAUGCCACACGGGUUUCUGAGAUUGCAAGUGGCCAAGACAAAGCAGUAAACGCCGCUAUUCAGGAGGGAAUCAACAGAGUCAAUGAGAGGGCAGCCUCCAACGCUCAGCGCAUCCAGAAGUGGAUUGUGCUGAAUCGGGACUUCUCCGUGGUUGGGGGAGAACUGGGCCCCACUAUGAAGCUGAAGCGUCCGGUGGUAAUGACGAUGCACAAGGAGCAGAUUGAGAACUUUUACAAGGAGCUGACGACUCCGACGACUCCCGACAACCCGCUGCCUUCCAAAUAGAGCUGCUCCUGCACCUGCAUCAACAUCCAGACUGUAUGUCAACAAGGAUACACUCCACCUCAUUCCUAUACCUUCUGUCAUGUUCUCUCCCCCCCCCCCCCCCACACACUCUUUUUUUUGUGUAAUAUGUUUUCAUUGCCUUAAGUUUUGGUCGUUUAUGCCUCGGUUUACAUUUGUGGGUCAUGUACAAAGAAUGAAGACAAAGCCAUUUUUUACAAUAGCUUUAUGAUUUUGAAGAUUCAAAUAAGCUGAAUUCAACUAUUUAUUUGUUUUGCUCGAGGUUUGAGCAGCAAAGUCUGACCGGUGAAGUGGUGGCAGCUGAAUGUACGAAGAGUUUACUGUGUUGCGAUACUUGAUGCAAACUUUGUCAUUUGUAUUUUUGAACAUAUUUAUUUAUUUUUGAGUUUGCCAAAGUGUAUGUGGGACGAAACGGCUUCAAGUUAAGAAACAUUUAUGUAAUAAACUUUAUUUUUGAUUCUGCAAUGAUAUCAAAUAUUUACUGGCCUUUCGCAUGUACUCGGUGUCGCUCCCUCUCGUCUUUGUCGGGUAAAUGUAACUACAAAUCCAAGUUCUGUUUUUCAUGCUGUAAAAACAGACACCAUUUAAGGAACUGCUUUUUCUUUUUGUUCAGUUGUAUAGUCCAAAAAAAAUGUGUUCCGUUACAUCUUACACUAUGCCUGGUCCUGAACAGUAUGUAUGUGUAGAACUGCUUCUGGGUUUUGUGAAAUGUAAAUACCUUUGCCUAAAUAUCUGCAUUCUUGUUUUUGUCUUUCAUUUUUUUUAUAUUUUAGUUUAUAUUUCAGCAAAGUAAUUAUGUUUUUGUUUUUUCCUUUGAUUACAUGAAACCGAGAAGGACGAUGUACAUAAAUUAGUGAUUGGUUAAUGGAAAAAAAAUAAGUAAAUAUGCUGUAUCAGCUGCAUUAUUCUGCCCUCGUUGGUCUAUUGCCAUAUUUAUUGCAUCAAAUGUAUAGAUGUUCAAAUGUCUCUGACUAACAUAUGAUGUGACUGUAAACAUACAACAGAUAUUAGUAGCAGCCUGAUGGAUAACACUUAAGGGCGAGUUGAGAGGUUGAAUCUCAAAGCAAUUGAAGUUCAGGGUAAAAAUGCAAGACAUGUGAUGGUGGUACAUUUAUGAAGUGGAAUAAGGACAUGACGGUGAUUCUGUUUUUCUGGGCGAGUGACUCUCCUGCUGCUAAGCGGCACACAUAAAUUAGAGGUUGAACUAGAUUGACUGCCUUUAACAAAGCGUACUUAAAACAACUUUGAAGGACUAGAGAGAAGUCACAGGAGCCUUGACUAAACUGGAUUUGCCUGACCCUAAAGAGCCCGUUUUGUUAAAAUGAUCAGGGUUGAAAAAUGAAGGUGUGUGUGUAUGUAUGUAUGUAUGUAUGGCACUGCUCUGGAGAAGUGAAGCAGGGCUGUUUCUGUAUACGGUCAACAGAAAUGUGAAUGUUUGUGUGAUCAGUACAAUACACUUUGAUUAAAAAAAAAACAUUCAUCUGUUCAUUUAA